CACAAAGCAGGCAAGUACAAAGCAGACAAGCACAAGAUGGGCAAGCACAAGAUGGGCAAGCACAAGAUAGGCAAGUAUAUGAUGGGCAAACACAAAGUAGACAAGCACAAAGUGGGCAAGUACAAGAAAGACAAGCAUAUAAUGAGUAA